UGUAGCUGAUGUGGGGAGAUGCAGUGGGGCAACAUGUCGUUGUGUGUAGAUCCGGUGCUUCAGGCUGUCUGAUUUACCCCCUUCUGUCCGGUUUCUCUCCCGUUCACACCGUAACGAUGAGCCUCCGUCACAAAAGUUGUAACAAUGAUUUGGGUUGUUCAGAAUGUCCUGUCAAAUUGACAUGGAAUACGAUGAAAGACUGGCACGAUUUCGACAAGGUCAUCUCAAUCCCUUCAAUAAAGAUCCAGGUGAAAAGGUGGAGAAAGGCGGCGAGGAAGAGGGUGAUCUGUCAGUAAAAGUUUUUCCUAAUCUAGGACUAUACACAGACUCUUUGUAUAGGGAGGUCAAUGCACAUACAGACAGAGUGAUGGAUCUUGGCCUGGCUGAGGAUCACUUCUCUAAACCAGUGGGAUCAUUUGUGGCAUUAGACAUUGAAAAUCUGAAGCGUGCCAUUGAUGAGGUGAAACAAGUUAUAUUAGAUUUGCCAGAGCAUUCAGAGAAGCAGAAAGAUGCCGUUGUUAAACUUAUUCAUCUCCGGCUUAAACUACAAGAACUGCAGGACCCUGAUGAAGAUGAACCAGAUAUUCAAAUUUUGCUUGAACAUAGAUUUUACAAGGAAAAAAGCAAAAGUGUCAAACAGUUUUGUGACAAGUGCAGCACGAUUAUAUGGGGCUUGCUUCAAACCUGGUAUACCUGCACAGGCUGUUACUACCGGUGUCACAGUAAGUGUUUGAACCAAAUCACCAAAUCCUGUGUAAGAUCAAAGGUCAGCCACCAGUCUGAAUUUGAACUCAAUAUCUGUCCUGAGGUGGGACUGGACAGGCAAGAUUAUCGAUGUGGAGAGUGUCGUCAGCUAAUUUCUCUACGUGGUGUGCCUAGUGAAGCGCGUAUGUGUGACUACACAGGGCGAUAUUACUGCAGCAGCUGCCAUUGGAAUGAUGUAGCGGUCAUCCCUGCACGUGUCAUACACAAUUGGGACUUUGAAACCCAUAAAGUGUGCCGUUAUAGUAUGAGGUACCUUACACUGAUGAUUUCCCGGCCGGUACUGAAACUCAGAGCAAUUAAUCCGCUUCUCUUCAACUAUGUGGAGGAAUUGGUGGAAAUUCGGAAACUCCGACAAGACAUCCUGUUAAUGAAACCCUAUUUUAUCACCUGUAAGGAGGCAAUGGAGGCAAGGCUGCUGUUACAGUUACAGGAUCGACAGCACUUUGUGGAAAACGAUGACAUGUAUUCUUUACAGGAUUUAAUUGACAUUGCCACUGGGCGCCUGAGCUGCACUUUAACUGAAAUCCACACCACCUUUGCAAAGCAUAUCAAACUGGACUGUGAGCGAUGUCAAGCUAAAGGUUUUGUCUGCGAGUUGUGCAAAGAGGGAGAUGUGCUCUUUCCAUUUGACAGCCAUACAUCAGUGUGCCAGGAUUGUUCAGCUGUAUUCCACAGAGAUUGUUAUUACGACAAUUCCACCACAUGUCCAAGGUGCCCACGGCUGUCGAUGAGAAGACAGUCUCACAUUGGACCAACUCACCCUGACUGAGCCUAAGCCCAAAUGAAGAAUUGUCAACUGGGAAACUUGUAAUGCUGAUCAUUUCAUUUCCUGCCAGCUAACUAAGUUAAAUCUUGUGGGAAGAUAAUGUAGAUGUUAACGAUUCCAUUAGUGGACCAAAAAAUCUAGAAUGAGGCAUUGAGAUUUGAUUUGAAUGAACAUAUUAAAAAUUGUCCCUGAUGUGGGAAGUCCAAGUACGAACUGUUGAUGAAGGGCUAAAAUGGCAGCUUCCCCAGUAAAGGAAAGCAACAUGUUUUAGAAAUUAAAAUCUGACCAUAAUAUCAAGAGCAGUGUACUUUUAUACACAUUCCUUCCUGAGCACUUUGUAUUUCCAUUUUGUUAUAUGUUUAGUCCAUUUCCAUCUGAUUGCAGAAACACUAACUAUGUAUUUAAAUGGAUUCUAGGAAUAGGAUUGUGGUCUUGAGAUGAUUCAUGAAGAGAAAGCUUGCAGCUAUAUAGUACUUUGUCUUCAUCCCAGGAAUGUGAUAAAGCGUUAGUAAUGCUGCCCUUUUUUCUCACUAGCAUCUGUCUAAACUUGGCAAAGGAGAAAUUUCUUCUCUAAUAGCCUCUGCUCUGUUAAAUUAAUGGAGCCGAUGUUUAAAUUGGCAAAUAAUUAUAGAUCUGGGUUUGUUACGUUUCAGAUUUCAUCAUUUUCAAAUCCUGAUUAUUUGGUUCAGAACUAGAAACUGAACUAUGUGAAAGGAAGGGGUGGAGAAUGAGUGCACAAUAGAAUUGUACCGUUUGGAAACAGAAAAAUUGAUGCUUUAGGAAGCCAGUGCCCCAGUAUAUGUGAUAAAAUGGAGGAUCAAAAUGCCUUGUAGUGAUUAGCACCAGUUUAAGAAAUAAUUAAUUGUGUGCAGCAGUGGACUGUAAAGAAUGAUAAAUCAAUAGUAGCAUGCUGACAGCAAUUGUCACUUUCACUUGUCAUUCCAAAGACUGCUUUUUGUCAGUUAUAUGUCUUGACACCCAGAAAACCCAUUACUGUGCUGUGUUUGAGUCUCCAAACCAAGCUACUAAAAAAUCUACAUAACCAGUUGUUUCUGCUGAUCUAAUGUUUGGGAUAUAGCCCAUUUAUGUGAGCUUGGAGUUUGGCAGACCCUGAUUAUGCACAGGGGUGCUUUACGAACUGAAACCACACAGUUACUGGUACAAAGUGCUAAUAAACUUUCCAUUGUUUGUCCAGCCAGAACCACCGGUAAGGGCAUGUUAUUUAAACCUGAGUUAGAAGAAUCUAGUUUCCAGUGUUAGGUCCAGCCCUCCAUGGCUGGUUGGUCAAUCAAUAAGACUAUCUUUCAAUGCUACAAGUCUGUCUGGCGCAGAUAUGGAUUGACUGCGUUUGGCGGAUUGCUAUAGUAAUUUGAUGUGAAAUGGACACCUGGAUUUUAAAUUCAGUCUUGUUGGAAAUAAUAAACUAGUAAUCGUUUUGUUAAACAGAAUAUCUUGAUGUUGGACCAGUUGCAUUUUUAAAGAGAGUAAAAUAACUAAUGUAAUCCAUGCCAUAUUGUAAUUCCCAAUGGAAUUUGCUAGUCUAGUGAAAAACUGUGCCAUGUUAAUCACUUUAGAUCAUCUGUUUCUUUUUGGGACGCAGCUUUUUGGAAGUUUGUACUGGCAGUCAACCAGGGACCAUGAUGAUCAUCCUAGUAUUUACUCCUUUCUUGCAUUUUUCACUAGUAUCCUUUUGCCCAAGCUAAGGUUCUGGUUAUUCAAUAGGAAAAAGGAAUGUCAAACAAUAAGCAAUGAUUUGGCUUAACGUGCCUGAUGAAAAGUAAUAACAAUCAGCUCUAUAACAAUGACUCUUCCACCAUUUGCAUUGACUUUGACAAUCUGAUGUGGGAUUAAGGGUGAAAAUACACUUAUUGUUACAUUGUGUUAGAGGUUGAUAUUUCAGUCUGAUGCUUUCUUUUGAAUCGUUAAUUAGUGCUGUGUAAUGCAGUUUGGCUUGUAGAUAAUUUCUGAGGAAUUAUGCAGAUAUCAACACAGAAGACAAGAUCAAAAGGAAAAUGGAAAUACCUUUUGACUCAGCAUAAAGAGGUUGUUAUGGUUUGUAUUCCCUUUUGUGGUCUAUGGUGACUUUCUUGAUUGUUGUAAGGUUACACAAUGAAGGGAAGGGAGAGGAAGUAAUUGACGCACUAUUAGAUCUCUCAUACCUUGAUUUGCUGGUUUAUCCCCCCCAUUCUUGAUGAACUCUGAAGUAAAAUAUAAUUAAAUACUGUACAGUCAUUUGCAUUCUUACCACCAGUACUAUAUAAAGAAUCAUGCUGCUAAUCAAAAUUUUUGUAUCAAAAAGCUGAAUUUUGUAGCACUAAACAUUGUUAUGCACUUUUUUUUGAAAAUGUUUAAAUUCCUAUGCAUUACUAUUCAAUAUCCUCCUAAAGUAGUUGUGCAUUCACUAUUUUAUUCAUCUCUUUAAAAAUCAUCUGUCUUUUUAAAAUUCAAAUAUAACUUGUAGUCAACAGAAGCCAAUCUGACAACUGGCCUUUGGAAGGUACAUGCACCAUGUCUAUGGCGUUUUGCUCUUGAUAAAAUCAGACCAAAAGUAGUUCCAUUUAACCCUUUUACUAAAGAUUAUCCAUGUGAAAAUAUAUCCAUUAAAUAAAUGCAGACCAGUGAACACUGAUGUAAAGCAUUGAUUCUGGUUCUGUAUUGUUCUUACACUUUGGCUUUGAAAUGAUUGUGGAUCAAUACAGAAAAUGCUGGUAUGCACCAGCUGGUUGAUCAGCUGUUGAAAGAGAAAACAUAGUCUAAGAUUUGAAGUUAAUUAUCAGCAGAAAAUACUGUAAAUGCUUGCAGGCCAGACAAGAUCUGUGGAAAAUUCUCAAAGGUUAGGUUUAUGUGUUAGAUCAAUGAAUCCUCCUUUGUUGGGUUAUGAUGAAAAGUCAUAGACGUGAAACAUUGGGCAUGAUAAAAGAUCAAAGGCUUGAAAUGUCGCUCUAAUCUUUUUUCUUUCUCCAGAAAUGUUGCCUAACCUGCUCAGUGAUUCCUGUAUUUUCUGUUUUUAUUUCAGAUUUCUAGCAUCUUCAAUACUUUUCAUUUUAUUCUUGGGUUCAUUCUUAGGUUAAUAUAUUGAGUGUAAGGUGAUUGAGGCAUUAUUUUUUUUCCAAAACCUGCUGCAUGUAUCCGCCACUUGCAUAAUUUUAAAAUAGAGAAACAACAGAGCUACUAGUUUUAAAUUUGACCAAAAAAGUGUGAUUGGUAAUGUACCUACAGUAGUAGUAUAAGUACUUUUCAUACAAUGAAUAGUUUACUUCUUUGGACAGGUGCUUUUAAAACAUCACCACUUGAAACAUAUUACAAACUCAGAUUUAUUUUUCCCCUUGUUAGAAAAUGAUGACAGGGAGGUUCUUGGCAUAAUUGUUAAUUACAUAUUUGUGUGUAUAUAAACUACAGGGAUUUUAUAAUGGAAUUAUAUAUAUAAUUAUAUAUAUAUGUGUCUAUUAUAUAUAAUUAUAUAUAGUUAUAAUGUAAUUUAAUUUGCAUAUGAAUAAUCAAAAAAGAACACUUGUAUACUGUCCACUAAGGUCAUCUCUUGACAUCUUGUGCUGUUUCUUCUCAAAUAUACUGUCUAUGGUGCUUAACUUACAUUAGUGACCAUUUAUUGUAACGUGUAGAAUAAAUAUUUAAUAAAUUAUGUUUCAAAGUU